AUGGGUUUCUUUGAAGACAUGAGGAAUAUCCACGGCCAACAGCUAGUAGUGAACCUAAAGGAAUAUAACAACAACCUACACAAAAUUUCUAAUUUGAAAAACAGGAGGAUCUUUCUUUUACGCUGCAGAGAACAGAUGAUCACCCCCACACACCUACAAGGUUGCAUCAAAAGACUGGACUCUAUGAUAGAAUUCAAGGAUGCCCGAACCGGACAACAGGUCAAAGAAUUCAACAGCAAGUUAGGACGUAAAAUACUCACAUUUCAGAUCGAUAUUACUAUAAAAAACUUGAGAUUCUUGGAUAGUAGACAAUCUGUGCUGGAUAAUUCAAUUUCAGACAUUUUAUCUGAGCACACUUGGAACGAAUUCAAGAGAAAAACCACUAGUAAAGUUAAUAGAGCUUUCCAUCGCAAUAAGGAAGCCAACAGGAGAAAAUUUGAAAGCCUAGAAAGUACACAGAGAAAGACCAUUGUGACACAAGAUAAAUGGUUGAAGAAUCUCACCGGACUCCAACUACCCAGUGAAGUAAAAACCUUUUUGUCUUUGGGUCCGAAGUUCUCACUUGUACCACAAAUCAGGGACAUACCAAUUAUCGAACUUCUAGCAACAGUAGAAACCUACAACACCAGCAGGAACAAUAACGAGUGCAACAUCAUAAGAGCCAAAGUAACCAACGUUAUCACAAACCACCUACAACAAUCGAAAUCCACAGGAUUACCCUACAUUACUCGAUUGGAAAAUUCAACAAAACGCUUUCUUAGAGAACACCCAGACAUCAUAGUCACUCAAUCAGACAAGGGUGGAGUUACCGUACUGAUGGAGAAAGAAAAAUACAUAAACCUAGCAAACCAACAACUCGGAGACCAAGAGUACUACCAGCAAAUUUCUAAAGAUCCUACGAGUACAAUCGAACAAAAAUUAAACAAGAAAGUCAGCGAGUUGAAACAAAAGAACUACAUCACCCCUGAAGAAGCAAAAGAGUUGAUGACCUACGACGGCUUAUGCCCCAAAUAUUAUGGCUUAGUCAAAAUUCACAAACCUGAGCUAUCCCUGAGACCAAUUAUUUCAUCGAUUGGCAGCCCAACAACCAGGAUAUCACAAUUCCUGAAAUAUAUUCUCUAUAGAGCAUACAAUUUCAACAAUACAUACUACAUUAAGGACUCAUUCGACUUCACACAGUCUAUUAACAAUUUCAAAGUACCACCAGGUUAUAGGAUUGUAAGCCUAGACGUCGUAUCACUUUUCACCAAUAUUACGAUCGAAACAACAAAAAAGGCCAUCGAAUAUAACUGGCAAAGAAUAGAACAACAGUGUCAAAUUCCAAAGAAAGAAUUUAUGGAGCUGAUCGAGUUAGUGUUUAGUUCAAUAUAUUUUGCAUUUGAUGGAAAAUUCUACAGGCAGUGCAUAGGUACACCAAUGGGCUCAAAAUUAUCACAAAUAAUAGCUGACUAUGUCAUAGAUGAACUUCUAGAUGAGUGUAUACCCCAGUUGACGUUCAUAAUACCUUUUUGCAAAAAAUACGUCGACGACCUCAUCCUCAUGAUACCCGAAGGAAAACAAGAUGAGAUCCUCAACGUUUUCAACAGUUUCCAUCCAAAGAUUCAAUUUACCAUUGAAGAAGAAUCCAAUAACUGUGUUCCAUUCUUGGACACAAAAGUGAUCAGAGAAGAUGAAACAAUUAAAACCGAUUGGCACAGAAAGACAACAGCUUCAGGCAGAUAUAUACAUUACACCUCAUACCACCCGAUGAAAAUGAAGAUUAACCUUAUCCUAAACCUGAAGACCAGGAUCACAACGAUCUCACACCCGACAUACCUUGACAAAAACCUGAAGACCUUGGCAGAGUUGAUGGAACAGAAUGGUUACCCCAGAUCCUUGGUAAGAAGAUUAGUCUUCAACACCCCCAACCAUCACAUGCAUGAACAACAAAUGGAAAAUACAAAUAACGAGCGACCACCAAGAGAACCACCAAGAGAAGAAAAUCAAAACAGAAAAAAGAUAAUAAUACUACCCCAUAUAGAAGGAUUAACACACAAGAUAACAAAACUAUUGAGCGACGACAAUACCUUCAUAGCAAAAUACAAUGUAAAAACAUCUAAAUACCUGUACAGUAAACUCAAAGAUACAACACCCAAAGAGAGAAGACCCAACGUUGUCUACAAGAUACCGUGCAACAAUUGCAGCGGAGUAUACAUCGGAGAAACGAAGAGAACGAUGAAUAAAAGGAUCACAUCACACAAGAGUGAUUCUAGAAGGAACAUCCAAGCCUGCGCACUAGCUCAACACGAAAACACGACUGGACACCACAUGAAAUUUUCUGACUUAGAGAUCCUAGAUACAGAAACUAACAGUUGGAAGAGAAAAUUUAUAGAGAUGAUCAGGAUAACCCAAGAACCUAACGCAAUCAACCACAAAAAAGACAUUGAUAACCUCAGCGCAAUUUAUGCGAACCUAGUCGAGAUAGACAAAAUGUCCAGAAACAGAAACCCCAUACAGAUGGAUACAGAUACGGAUAGAAGAACCUAGUAGUUUCCCCACGGCCUUUUAAUAUACCUGUUGUCACCUAAUAAUAAAGAAUAAAAAAUUAAAAUAAAAUCAAAAAAAUGCUCUGAACUAAUUCUAACAAAAAGAGAACAAAAAAUCCACUCAGAUUGUUAUUUGUCAUUGUUUAAUGUAAGACAUUCCUAACAACUACCUAACACAAAGAAGAAGAGUCGACUUGUCAUCAAGUCACCAAUGAUUUCCCUGUGCGUCUGUGGUCUCAUGUCACUCAUAACCUAUCGAAUCUAAGAUCUAACCUCUAAUGAAACACCGACGUUCAAGGAUUUCUUACCUGAAUUCUAUCAAUCUUAAGAUACAAUAUGCAAUUAUGAUCAUCCUGAUUUGUAAUUACAAUGAAAACAACCCAGGUACAACCUCAAAUCCUUGCUUCUGAAGAAGAGAUAAAUAAAGUCUCGAAAGCUUAAGCUGAAGGAAAAAGAGUUUUACUUACCAUUGUCGCUUUCCCAAUAAAUACCAAGAC